CCUGCUGCAUUAGAUCCAUCUGCAAAAACAAAGCAAUGCUUUAUUUUGCUGUUCCUUUGACGUUCUUUCCCUCUACUGUAAACAAACGUGGUGCAAGAUGCCACAAGAUGGCGCCAAAGUCUUAUCUAAUAGUAAAGUAGUACUGCAGUUCUGAUAUUUACCAGAAUGAUGUAAAUUGUGCUUGUCUUUUUUGGGUGGUGGGCUGAAUGGAGCCCAUUUCAUCUAACUUUGGGCAAGAGUUUGCCAUUCAAUCCUCAUAGAUUUGGGUUUGUUAUCAUAUUCUGAAACAAUACUUUCACUGAAGACAAACUUGUCCAUAGGUGUGAAUGUGACUAGUUACUGUCUGCCCUGAGAUUGACCAGCGAGCAUUCCAGGGUUGACACCAGGUCUCGCCUUAAACCAACUGGAAUAGGCUCCAGUUAAUCUGCCACUUUAUGCCAAUCAUCAGACUUUUGCUCACUUUUUCUAUUACGGUGCUGCAACAGAAAGGAUGUUUUUCAUUUUCGGGCCCCGGAUUACGGCGCCUUUCUUCCCGUAGAAUUCCGGUUAUGCGCACACGGCUUUGGCCCCCCGGAAUGUUUCCGAAUGUUUGGGAUGCCUGAACUGUUAUAACCGGCAGACUGCGAGCGCCAAAGAGUGCCGGCGUCAACACGCGCUCUCGGCCCAACACUGACCCGCGUGGUCGGAAUCUCCAGCGCAGUCAGCAGCAUUCCAAGGAGAGGGCAGCACAAUUGCACAAUGUGUUGUGGAUGCUGCACCCCACCCCUCCAACCGACUCAUUUGUCUCUCAUUGGUCAGCCGUGUCACCGAAGCAUCAGCAAGGACGGCUAUGAUAUGGUCCACUAUGGCCAUUCCAACCAGCUGCGGCAGGCCAAGGCCAUGGGAGAUUACCUCAUCGUUGGCGUGCACACAGAUAGCGAAAUUUCGAAGCACAAGGGCCCGCCGGUUUUCACUCAGGAAGAGCGCUACAAGAUGGUGCGGGCCAUCAAAUGGGUGGACGAGGUGGUUGAGGGCGCCCCCUACAUCACCGCCCUGGAGACCCUCGACAAGUACAACUGCGACUUCUGCGUGCACGGCGACGACUUGACGCUGACAGUCGACGGCAAGGACACGUACGGGGAGGUCAAGGAGUCGGGACGCUACAGGGAAUGCAAGAGAACUCAGGGAGUUUCAACUACUGACCUGGUUGGCAGGAUGCUCCUCAUGACCAAAGCACAUCACAGCAACAUUGAUGCUUCUGACUACCAGCAGCACGCGGACAACUUCGGGAAGGACUCCAAUGGUCAGAAGAGCCACAGUCCCUGGACGGGGGUGUCGCAGUUCCUUCAGACGUCCCAGAAGAUUAUCCAGUUCGCUUCGGGCCAAGAGCCCCAGCCCGGCGACACCAUUAUCUACGUGGCCGGGGCCUUUGACCUCUUCCACAUUGGCCACGUGGACUUCCUGCGGGCGGUGCACAAGAUGGCGGACAAGCCGUACAUCAUUGUGGGGCUGCACUUUGACCAAGAAGUGAACCGCUACAAAGGGAAGAACUACCCCAUCAUGAACGUCCACGAGAGGACGUUAUGCGUGCUGGCUUGCCGGUACGUCGCCGAGGUGGUGAUCGGCGCACCGUUUGCAGUCACCAAAGAUUUGCUGGAUCAUUUGAAGGUCGACCUCGUAUGCCACGGCAAGACACAAAUCUACCCCAGCAAGGACGGAUCCGACCCAUAUGCUGUGCCAAGAAAGCAAGGAAUCCUGCGCAGCGUCAACAGCGAGAACAGCCUCACCACAGACGCCAUCGUACAGCGGAUAACCAAAAACAGGUUGCUUUUUCAAGACAGAAACCAGAAGAAAGAGGCGACGGAGAUUGCCAUGAUUCAGGCCAUGCAGCAGCACCAAGUAGCAGACCAGUGACACUUCCUGAGGCCAAAGUCACAAAUGCUAGCACAACAUGGUGGCCAUAUUGUCAAGCAGGUUGCCUGGUUUAACUUUGUCUUGUCUUGUGGCACAUUUUUGGACAAGCAAAAAAAAGUCUUAUAUUUUCUAUCCUGAAAAUAAUUGAUUUUAUUUGGACUUGCAAGUUGACAAGUUUUUACGUGGAUCCAGCGCCCCUUGUACCCGUGUGGGAUCUCAUGGAAGGUUUCAACUAGGGCUGUCACUUUUUAGAAUUGAUUAGUCUAUCGAUUAUUCCAUUGAAUAAUCAGAAACAAUUUUUAUUUUCUCAGUGACUGUUUUUCAACUGAUGUUUUUUUUGGUAUUGUUUGGUGAUUAAAACAACAACUAACCAACAUUUAAGAAAUCUCACACAA